UCCGCUCCGCUCCCGGUCGCAGGCCGAGCCCAGCCCGGCGGGCUCCGGGAGGGGCGGGCAGGGCGCGAGGGGGAGGAGAUCUGUCUGGAGCCAGCGAGCCCGGCGGAGGAAGAGGAGGAGGAAGGAGGGGAAGCCGCCGCUGCUGCCGCCGCUGCGCUCCGGGGAUCUGGGCGCGCGCGCUCCGCUCGCCCGCGACGGUGGCGCCAGCCCCCGGCCCGCGCCGGGACCCAGAGGCUCGAGUGUCGACUGGCUUUGGGUGCAUGGCUGAUGGUGCCGCCCACGCAGGGGACCGGAGCCCUGAUACGGAAGGGAGUUUGCUGUCAUCCAUCCUAGCACCUGCUGUCCAUAGGAGGAGAGUGAGGGACCGUGGAGCUGUCGGGACACCCAGGCCAAUGGGGGAGGCGGCCGCAACCUCAGCAGGACGCAGGUGGAUGACCCGGGCUCUCCGGCAGUGAGGGAGUGCACACGUGGCGCCACCAUGCGGUCUGGGACAGGACACCCCUGAGAACACAGGCAGCCUCCCCUCCCGCCCCCACCCCCAUCCUUAUCCCUCCAGGGGCUGGCGCCCAGCCUCCCACCAGGUCCCCCUGGGCAGGCGGAGCAGGGGCUCCCGCGACGGCAGUCCCCAUGGCCAGGUGCUGGUGGGGUGCGCUGUGGGUAUGCGUGGCGGCCGCCACCCUGCUGCAUGCGGGCGGGCUGGCCCGUGGCGACUGCUGGCUGAUCGAGGGCGACAAGGGCUUCGUGUGGCUGGCCAUCUGCAGCCAGAACCAGCCGCCGUAUGAGGCCAUCCCGCAGCAGAUCAACAGCACCAUCGUGGACCUGCGGCUGAAUGAGAACCGCAUCCGCGGCGUGCAGUACGCCGCACUCAGCCGCUUUGGCAACCUCACGUACCUCAACCUCACCAAGAACGAGAUCGCCUACAUUGAGGACGGCGCCUUCGCCGGCCAGUUCAACCUGCAGGUGCUGCAGCUCGGCUACAACCGCCUGCGCAACUUGACGGAGGGCGUGCUGCGCGGCCUGGGCAAGCUCGAGUACCUGUACCUGCAGGCCAACCUCAUCGAGGUGGUCACACCCAGCGCCUUCUGGGAGUGCCCCAACAUCGUCAACAUCGACCUGUCCAUGAACCGCAUCCAGCGGCUGCACGGUGCCACCUUCGCGGGCCUGGCCAGGCUGUCCGUGUGUGAGCUGUACAGCAACCCCUUCUAUUGCUCGUGUGAGCUCCUGGGCUUCCUGCGCUGGCUGGCUGCCUUCUCCAACGCCACGCAUGCCUACGACCGCAUGCAGUGCGAAUCGCCACCACUCUACUCCGGCUACUUUCUCCUGGGCCAGGGCCGCCACGGCCACCGCAGCAUUCUCGGCAAGCUGCAGUCCGUGUGCACUGAUGGCUCCUACGUGGACGAGCCCCACCCGCCGCCCGGCCGCCCGCCGCCCGGCCGCUCCCCGCCCCCCCCACCACCGCCGCCGGAGCCCAGCGAGGCGCCCUGUGCCGAUGAGGAGUGCUUCUCUGGAGACGGCACCACGCCGCUGGUGGCCUUGCCCACACUGGCCCCCCAGGCCGAGGGCCGGCCACUCAUGAAGGUCAAGCAGCUGACGCAGAACUCGGCCACCAUCACGGUGCAGCUGCCCAGCCCAUUCACCCGCAUGUACACGCUGGAGCACUUCAACAACAGCCGCUCAUCCACCGUGUCCCGGCUGACCAAGCCCCAGGAGGAGGUCCGCCUGAGCAACCUGCAUGCGCUCACCAACUACACCUACUGCGUGGUGUCUACCAGCUCGGGGCUGCACCACAACCACACCUGCCUCACCAUCUGCCUGCCCCGGCCGCCCAGCCCGCCGGGCCCCGUGCCCAGCCCAUCCACGGCCACCCACUACAUCAUGACCAUCCUGGGCUGCCUUUUUGGCAUGGUGGUGGUGCUCGGUGCCGUUUACUACUGCCUGCGCCGGCGGCGGCGACAGGAUGAGAAGCACAAGAAGGCGGCCGCAGCCGGUGGCCUCAAGAAGACCAUCAUCGAGCUCAAGUAUGGACCCGAGAUGGAGGCGCCUGGCCUGGCCCCACUGUCCCAGGGCCCACUGCUGGGCCCCGAGGCUGUGACCCGCAUCCCAUACCUGCCAACGGCUGCCAGCGACGUGGAGCAGUACAAGCUGGCCGAGAGCGCCGACACGCCCAAGGCCAGCAAGGGCAACUACAUGGAGGUGCGCACGGGUGAGCAGGCUGAGCGCAGGGACUGUGAGCUGGGCCGGCCCGGCCCUGACAGCCAGAGCUCCGUGGCCGAGAUCUCCACCAUUGCCAAGGAGGUGGACAAGGUCAACCAGAUCAUCAACAACUGCAUCGACGCACUCAAGUCUGAGGCCACCUCCUUCCAGGGCGGCAAGUCCGGAGCCGUGUCCACGGCCGAGCCGCAGCUGGUGCUGCUGUCGGAGCCCCUGGCCGCCAAGCACGGCUUCCUGGCCCCUGUCUACAAGGACGCCUUCAGCCACGGCCUGCAGCGGCACCACAGUGUGGAGGCGGCUCCCGGGCCCCCACGCGCCGGCGUCUCGACUGGUGGCUCCGUGCGCAGCCCGCGGGCCUUCCGCGCUGAGGCCACUGGCUCACACAAGGCCGCGUCUGCCGAGGCCAAGUACAUUGAGAAGAGCUCCCCAGCGCCCGACGCCAUCCUCACUGUGACGCCUGCGGCCGCCGUGCUGCGUGCCGAGGCCGAGAAGGGCCGCCACUACGGCGAGCACCGGCACUCAUACCCCGGCUCCCACCCCGCUGAGCCACCCGCACCCCCCCCACCCCCACCCCAUGACAGCCUGGGCGGCCGCAAGGCGUCCAUCCUGGAGCCACUGACCCGGUCGCGGCCCCGCGACCUGGCCUACUCGCAGCUGUCCCCACAGUACCACAACCUGAGCUACUCCUCCAGCCCUGAGUACACCUGCAGGGCCUCCCAGAGCAUCUGGGAGCGCUUCAGACUCGGCCGCCGGCGCCACAAGGACCACGAGGAGUUCAUGGCCGCCGGCCACGCCCUGCGCAAGAAGGUGCAGUUCGCCAAAGACGAGGACCUGCACGACAUCCUGGACUACUGGAAGGGCGUGUCGGCCCAGCACAAGUCCUGA